CAAUCUUGUGAUUGGUUGCAAGUGGUGCAUCCCUAUUGGUUGUUGUAGUCUUUGACGGCUGUCUUCUUGUGUGAACGGCUCCGAGGUGCAGAAUGUUGGUCUUGGUGUUAGGAGAUCUGCACAUUCCACAUCGCUGCAACAGCCUGCCAGCAAAAUUCAAGAAGCUGCUGGUGCCUGGAAAGAUCCAGCAUAUCCUGUGCACCGGGAACCUCUGCACCAAGGAGAGCUACGACUACCUCAAGACUCUGGCUGGGGAUGUUCACAUUGUCAGAGGAGACUUUGAUGAGAACUUGAAUUAUCCUGAACAGAAGGUUGUGACUGUUGGUCAGUUUAAGAUUGGCUUGAUCCAUGGCCACCAAGUCAUUCCAUGGGGAGAUAUGGCUAGCCUGGCGCUAUUACAGCGGCAGCUGGAUGUAGAUAUUCUGAUUUCAGGACAUACACAAAAGUUUGAGGCAUUCGAACACGAAAACAAAUUCUACAUUAAUCCUGGAUCUGCCACAGGAGCCUACAACGCAUUAGAAAAUAACAUCAUUCCUUCUUUUGUACUGAUGGACAUACAAGCAUCAACGGUCGUCACCUAUGUAUACCAAUUAAUUGGUGAUGAUGUCAAAGUAGAAAGAAUUGAGUACAAGAAAUCCUAAAACAAAUCCUUUGAACUUGUCACGGCCUUUAACUUCCAUUCCCACUCGGUCUUCAAUCAAGUCAUGUCUUGCAGCAGCUAUAGGACGUUUCUUAAAAGCUUUGUAGCAUUGUUUGCAUUGUAACAUUUUAAUUUCAUGCAGCUGUAGGUUUGUUGUAAACUAAACUAUAUAUAUAUUAAUUUGUUCAUUUACCUGUGUUCUGAAAUUGUGCCACAAUAAUGUGUAAAAUUAUACACUUGUAAAUAUCUUAACGUUGUUAAGAAAUGCUACCAAAAUAACAAUACAAAUUGAAAAGUGUGGGUGUUGCCUUUUAUUUCUUGUGUGUUCAUUUAUGAAAUGUGACUCUGUCACCUUCACAAAAUACAAUUCCCUUCC